UAUAUGAUCCGAGAUUUUCAUAUUAGUACAAACCAAAAACUCACAGCAAAAGAAAAACAAUCAACCGGUGAUGGAGUCAUCAACGGCAGCAUCGCAUUCGGUCGUGUCGGAACUUGAAGGAACACUAUUGAAAAACCCAAAAUCCUUUGCGUACUUCAUGCUCGUGGCUUUCGAGGCAUCGGGUCUAAUCCGUUUCGCAAUCCUGCUGUUUCUCUGGCCUAUCAUAGCACUCCUUGACGUUUUGGGCUACAGAAAUGGUAGCCUCAAGUUGAUGAUUUUCGUUGCAACGGCCGGUUUGCGCGAAUCAGAGAUCGAAUCAGUGGCUCGAGCUGUUCUUCCUAAAUUUUACAUGGAUGAUGUCAGCAUGGACGCUUGGAGAGCGUUUGGUUCGUGUGAGAAGAGAGUCGUUGUGACAAGAAUACCACGAGUUAUGGUGGAGAGAUUCGCUAAAGACCAUCUUAGAGCCGACGAGGUUAUCGGCACAGAGCUUAUUGUGAACCGUUUCGGUUAUGCCACCGGUUUGAUCCACGAAACCGAUGUCGAUCGAUCCGUUUUCAAUAGCGUGGCUGAUUUGUUUGUGGACCAGAGACCUCAACUAGGUCUUGGACGACCGGCUAUCUUUGGUUCUCCAACUUUUUUGUCGUUAUGUGAAGAGCAAAUUCAUGCACCGGUUCCAUCGAACUACAACAGUCAUAACCAGCGGUUGCAUGUGCAGCCGCUACCGGUUAUCUUCCACGAUGGACGUCUGGUGAAGCUGCCAACACCAGCCACUGCACUGCUCAUCCUUCUUUGGAUCCCUUUUGGAAUAGUCCUAGCCGUGAUUCGGCUCUUCAUCGGGUUCAUGCUCCCAUUAUGGGCCAUACCUUAUGUUUCACGGAUAUUCAACAUUCGGUUCAUCGUAAAAGGAAAGCCUCCGACACAAGCGGCAGCGGGAAACCUAGGCGUACUAUUUGUAUGCACUCACAGAACCGUAAUGGAUCCGGUCAUUUUAUCCUAUGUGCUCGGCCGUAGCAUCCCAGCCGUUACCUAUUCCGUUUCUCGGUUAUCCGAAAUUCUAUCUCCCAUUCCAACCUUCCGGUUAACUCGAGUUCGACAUGUAGACGCCGAUAUUAUCAAGAAAGAGUUAUCUAACGGAGACUUAGUGGUAUAUCCUGAGGGAACCACUUGUCGCGAGCCGUUUCUGCUGAGAUUUAGCGCGCUUUUCGCGGAAUUAACGGAUAAGAUCGUUCCCGUGGCAAUGAACUAUAGAGUCGGAUUCUUUCAUGCGACUACCGCCAGAGGCUGGAAGGGUUUUGAUCCCAUUUUCUUUUUCAUGAACCCGAGACCGAUUUACGAGGUGACGUUCUUGAACCAGCUCGAAGUGGAUGCCACAUGUUCGUCAGGGAAAAGCCCAUAUGACGUGGCCAACUAUGUACAGAGAAUCUUGGCAGCUACGUUAGGGUUUGAGUGUACUAACUUCACGAGAAAGGAUAAAUACAGAGUUCUCGCAGGGAACGACGGAACGGUGUCGUCUUUGUCGUUUCUCGACCAAUUCAAGAAGGUGAUCACCACUUUCAAACCUUUUUUGCAAUAGUUUUCAAGUUAUUUUAUAAGCAUUUGUCUAAAUAUUAUUAAUGUGAUCACUGAUUGUAAACAUGUUUUUGAGUUUUCCUUUCUAGAACUAAAGUAGAUGACAUGGGUUUCGCACAAAAAAAAAAAAAAGUAGAUGACAUGGGUAUGUGUUUUUUUUCUUUCUUAUUUUAUAUAUCUUAUUGUUUUUAAUUAAUAAUUAUCAUUUAUAUAUAUUUUGUUGAAUGCAGUUGUCAUUAUAUAAACGUUUUUUUGCCGUUAUCGAAUACCUUGAUAGAUCACAAACGUCGGAUAUAAUAUUAUUACUAAGCGCUACUACUAAAAAA